UUCGGGAAAAAACUGCAGGCUUGUGCAUUAAGUCAAAUUAUUACACUUGGCACAAAAAAAAUAAAUCGCUUCUCCCACUAAAAAAGCAACUCCUUUUGGCUCUUUGAAAAAAAUGUGUUUAUUAUUAUUUUUUGAGUUUUACUUAUUAAAAGAAAAAGAAAGAAAUAACGAUUACAAUCGCAAAUCUAGAAUAAGAAAAAUCGAGAUCUGCUUCAAUUUUCUCAGUCUCCUUCUUCUCCUCCUUCAAAGCUUUUAAGUUUUUUCCAGAUUCCAGCUCUUCCUUAGUUUUCUACCAACUUCCCAAGCUACCUUGGUGAAUUCAUGGAGUUCCAAGGACUCGUCCUUGCUACUCGGGUCGAAUGUUUCCGGGUUAAAUUUCAACCCGAAUAUAAUUUUUUGACAUUCUUCUCCGUUCUGCAACCAGACAUCGAGCAUGCGCUUCUGAUUCUGUUUCUUGGUAGCACUUUAAACCCUGAGGUAUUGUGAGAGUACACAGCAAAUCGCCGAUUUUGGGUUUUUUUUUUAUAAAACGUGAAGCAGACGCGCUCAAAAUCGCCAAAAAAAUGAGGUUUAAACAAAAAUACAGAACUCAGACGGAGAACAGAGAGAGACGAAGAACAAAAGAAAGAGACGAAGAACGAAAGAAAGAGACGAAGAACGAAAGAAAGAGACGAAGAACGAAAGCGACGAAGAAGAAAAUAAGAACUCAGACGAAGAACAGAGAGAGACGAAGAAGAACGAAAGAAAGAGACGAAGAAAUAAAUACACGAAGAAGAUAAUAAGAAUGGUGGAGAAGGUUUUUGGCGGCCGUUUAGCGUGUCAGCUUAAUUGCUGUUACGCUAUUUCAGAAAUUUCUAAGUGGAAUUACUUAGGAAAGCGCAUCCAUGGUUUGGGUAGUGGAUUAAGGAAUGAUAGGCAGGCUUCAUACCUUAACUCUACACUACAGUGUCUCACUCACACUGAGUUGCUCAUGGAUUUACUUAAUUCAUAUCAUUGUGAGAAUCCAACAUUCUGUGCUUUGAGAGCUCUCAGAAACCACAUACAUGAGGCACUCACUACAUCACAAGAUUCAAUAUCUCCAGAUGAGUUUCUUGACCAUGUGAAUCGUAUUUCCACUCGCUUCUUGCCUUACCAACAAGAAGACGCUUAUGAGUUUCUAAUGGCACUUUUGGACAAUCUGGAGUGUUGUUGUCCUCUGUAUCAAAUCAGGCAUAUCGCUUUGAAAGAGAUUAACAUUGUUCAGCAUGUGUUUGGUGGCGUUCUCAUCAGUUUGCUUCGUUGCUGCAACUGCAGUUCUGUGUCUGAGACAUUUGAAAAUUCUCUUGGGUUGAGUUUGGUAAUUGAAGAUGUGGAUAACAUUUCAAGUGCACUGGAAUUGUUUACCCGAGUGGAAACAUUUGAAGAGAAAUUCUCCUGUGAUGAUUGUAAGAAAACGGUUUCAAAGGAGAAAAAAUUCUUUCUGGAUAAGCUGCCACGUGUGGCGACACUACACCUGAAGAGAUUCGCCAUAAACCAAGGGAAGAUGCAGAAGAUAUGCAAGGCUGUUACUGUCCCUUUCGAGUUGGAUCUCAAACGAUUCAUGAGAGAUCAGCAUAGGCAAGUAGAUGCAACAAAUUAUUAUCUCUAUGCUUUUGUAGAGCAUGUGGGCACUUCUGUAGAGUUCGGGCACUACAUCUCUUAUGUGAGAUCAUCCCCCAAAGCAUGGCAUAAAUUCGACGAUGCGGAGGUCAGUAGAAUCGAUGAAGAUAGUGUGCAAACAGAGAAUUCUUAUAUUCUCUUCUAUGCAAGAGAAGACACUCUCGAGGAUUCUUCCAUGGCAACGCUUCAUUUAGAAAUUGACAGAGGGACCAAUGGCGAUGAGCCUGAUCAUGUGCUCAAGGUUCAAAAUCAAGACUCCUCUCCAAAACCGCGAGAUUUGUUACUAUCAGCAGCAGAGUGCAGUCUUAAGCCUCGUUUGGACAUUGACAGAGGGACCAAUGGCGAUGAGCCUGAUCAUGUGCUCAAGGUUCAAAAUCAAGACUCAUCUCCAAAACCGCAAGAUUUGUUACUAUCAGCAGCAGAGUGCAGUCUUAAGCCUCGUUUGGACAUUGACAGAGGGACCAUUGGUGAUGAUUUGUUCGAUGUUCCUAGUGAUCUGUUCGAUGUUCACGCAGCUCAAGAAAGGAUUACAAAACUUUUUGAAAAGCUGAAGACACAUAAACUAGAUGAUGAUAAGCAGGAAUGGGAUGCCAAAAGGCAACUUCAAAAAGCUGAGAUGAAGAAGAAAAGAGAUGCAGAGAAUAAGAGACGAGAGGAGUUGAAGAACCAAAAAGGUAAGGGGAAUAAGAAAAAUGGCGAGGUCGGGAAGAAAUAAUGAGGAAAAUUCACGAAAUGUCUCCUCAAGAAAACAUUAAAAAAACGUGUUAUACACAUUAAAAUCAUUUUGUGCUGAAUAUAUGGAAGGGAAAUUCAAAUAUAGGAAAAUAUCUGGUGGGAUUUUUUGAAAUCUAAACUAGAUCAUGAGAAAGAGUAAUGAGAUGCCAAAAGGCAAAUUGCAAAAGGAUGAGAAGAAGAGACGAGAGGAGGUGAAGAACAAAAAGGAUUAGGG